ACGAACUCGAAAAAGUUUGAGACAGGCUCCGUGUUUUUAUCGCCCUACUGGCGCUUUCCAGUCGAUCAUUUGUACUGUAUAACUAGUUGGUUGACAUCUGUUAGUGUCAGGUGAUGAUUAGCUAGUGGUUUGUGUACAAGUUCAUUAGGAUGCAGUAGCAAACCUUGUGGAGAUUCUGAAUCAAAAGAAUAGAUAUGAUAUAAAUCUAGAUGUGGGCCCUAUAAUGAAAGAAGUCACAAGAGGAAUUUAGAAGGGGGCCUAAAUUAUAUAACCAAAACUGAUAGAGAGUGAAAUAUGACAGAUGUUACAAAGAAAAGGAGUGUUGCAAAGAAAAGGAGAAAAAAUGCUUACAAAAGUGCAUACAAACUACAUGUGUACCUCACUGCCUAUUUAAAGGAGGGAGGAGGAGGGAGUUGGAGUAAAGUCCUGCUGGACCGAAAAGACUACCCUUGUGAAACAAGCAUAUCUGGCAAAUCAUUGUCUGAUGUACCAUGUUUGAUAAAGCCAGGCCUAGCUUGCCUUGAAUCCGAAUCAAGGAGGAAUAUUUGGUUUAAUCAUGUGGAAGAGACUCACAUUUUAUCUUCGACAGCUUCAAGCUUACCUGACAGUGAAUCUGAUUGUAUUGAUGUAAAUGCUUGGUCUGAUCAACCUAAUGAGUCUGUUGCAGAUUCGUUUAAAUAUGGUGUGAACAUUUGGUUUAAUCAAGUGCUCUUGAAUGGUUUAGACUUUGCAGAAAAAAGUGUAAAUCUUGAAAAUAUUUUAUAUUUUCAUAAAAACCUGAGUUGGUGUGAUGAUACAGUGUUUCCCUUUCCUAUUAAUGUACCUAUCCCGAGAACAAUUAAUGGUGCAGAGUAUACCAUUGAAAAUGUCAAGGAUCUGGUCAUGAAGGAAUUAAUAAACAAUAAUUUGAUGGAUUUUUAUGGUAGUCUCCUCAAAACUCUUCCCCAAGCAAUUCCUACUUUUUUCAUUAACAGUUCUUACCCUAAACGUUGUCAUGAUAACUUAGCUAAUGAAAUCAAGUCAUUCAAAAAGAAAAUGUUUCAGAUUAUUUUCAUGAACUUUGUUGGUACACUUGGCAACAAAGUUGAUUUUAAUACAACUGAAAUAUCUGCCACUCACUUCACCUUUUGUGUUUAUCAGUCUUGGAAUCAUUCAGUGGUGUAUUGUGACUCUCUCGGAUGGAGCAUGCCUGAAUCCCUCCCUGGAAUAAUUCAGUAUACCCUCCAGAACCUUUCACUUGAUGAAAAUCCGAAAUACAAGUAUGGACAUGUUCCUAACAAAGUUGAGGAUUUUUCUAACUCACCCCAUGUCUGUCAGGCCAAAUGUUCCCAAUAUAUGCCCCUGCAGGUUUGCAAUGAAAUUUGCGGAGUUGCAGUGAUUAUCAGCUUUGUUAUUGCCACACUUGACCCAGUGCUAUUUAAAGCAAUGGUGUUUAACGAAAAGCAUGAAAAUGUAGAGAAGCUGAGAUACCUGCAUGAGAUAUCUGAUUUCAAUGAUCAGUUGAGAUUAGUCCUCAUUGAUUGGCUGGUAUCAUAUAACAUUGAUUUGAGACAGAUAUUUAAAGCAUCAUUGUCGUCCACCCAACCCCUUUGAUACAGAUCCUUUUAAGUCUUACUUACAGGGUAUAGAAACGCGUCCAGUAUUUUCGUCUGGUACAACUG